AUGUCAAGUUGGAGGCGGAUGGUAGUUACCAAAUACAGUCGUCAUAACACUUCGUGUCUGACUCUGAGUUCCCCUCAUCUGGUCUCGGAUCUACAUCUCCAAUCCGGAAACUGCGGGGGGAGCAAUUCGGUGCUCCCUCCCGUGGAAAAACGGUUUCUUCAGACCAUCCGACCAGUCGAUCUCACGAGCUGUAUUCACAUCGACAAUCACAACACCUUGCGGCGCUUCCCCGGAACUUUCUUGUACAACAGUCGGUCGUGUUUGAUCAUCUUGACCUUGCCCAUCACCGUGCCCAUCCAUGACGGGGGUACCGCUACGGUACUGCUCCAUACACGGGGCUGGAUAGUGCAACUACGACAAGUUUCACCUACACAAGAGGCUCCCUUAGGUUGCGAAAGUCUGAAUGGCCGGAAGAUGCUUGCUUGCCCUCUGCCGACUCUUCUUAGUAGUGGGCCUUCCUCUUCAUCUGUCCGCAUUUCCGAUGGUUCAAAGUACUGCUGGCAUGUGGCCCCAGCCAUAUCUCGCUUCUCAUUCGUCCCAUAUGCUCUCGUUCAUUUCGGCGACGUAGGGGAGGAUUGGUGGGAGCGUUAG